AUGCACGAGCGACACAUUGUGCUCUUCCCUGGCAUUACAUUGCAGCCGUGCAAGAUGUUCCGUCAAAGCAUCCGACGCUUUGGCACUACAGCACUUCGUGCUGCUGCCACCGAGCCCUCCUCCUACACCACCCGGGUGUCCACGGCGCAGGGCAUCGUCAAUGGACUGACGGAAGCAAUCGGAAACACCCCUUUGAUUCGGUUAAAACGACUCUCUGACGAAACCGGGUGCAAUGUUCUCGGCAAGGCCGAAUUCCAGAACCCGGGCGGAAGUGUGAAGGAUCGGGCGGCGCUCUUCGUGGUGGAGGACGCCGAAAAAAAGGGACUACUGCGCCCCGGCGGCACCGUGGUGGAGGGGACUGCCGGUAACACGGGCAUCGGCCUGGCCCAUGUGUGCCGAUCCAAGGGCUACAAGCUGGUCAUCUACAUGCCCAACACGCAGUCGCAGGGCAAGAUCGAUCUGCUCCGCCUGCUGGGUGCGGAGGUGUACCCGGUCCCCGCAGUGGCAUUCGACAACCCCGACAACUACAACCACCAGGCGCGCCGCCACGCCGAGUCGCUCGACAAUGCGGUGUGGACCAAUCAAUUCGACAACACCGCCAAUCGCCAAGCGCAUAUCGAGACGACUGGUCCGGAAAUCUGGGCGCAGACCGGCGGCAAGAUCGAUGCGUUCACCUGUGCGACCGGUACUGGUGGCACCCUGGCCGGUAUCACUCGCUACCUCAAGACCGCCAGUGACGGCCGCGUGCAGAGCUUCUUGGCCGACCCGCCCGGCAGUGUCCUGCACAGUUACAUUCAGAGUGGCGGUAAGCUGACCGACCGCUCCGGUGGAAGCAUCACCGAGGGGAUUGGCCAGGGCCGCGUGACAGACAACCUUCGGCCGGAUCUGGACCUGCUGGAUGGCUCAUUACACAUCGCCGACGAGAAGACCAUCGAGAUGGUCUACCGCUGCUUAGAUGAGGAGGGUCUCUACCUCGGUGCGAGCUCCGCAUUGAACGUGGUGGCGGCGAAGGAAGUCGCGGAGAAGCUGGGCAAGGGCCACACCGUAGUGACUGUCCUUUGCGAUGGCGCGUACCGAUACGCCGACCGGCUGUUCUCCAACGCGUGGCUGCAGACCAAGAACCUGCGGGGGGCGAUCCCCAAGCACCUGGAGAAGUACAUAGUGCUGCCUUGA